AUGCGGUGGAGAUUUGGGUUGUGGAGUUUCCUAACCUUAGCAGUCAUCAGUUUCCCCGACAUCCAAGCCAGACUGGUUCGCAACCAUGUCAGCAGCAUCUGCAGCACAUGGGGCAGAGAGCACUUCAAGACUUUUGAUGGUGAUGUUUACCAGUUUCCUGGCAUGUGUGAGUACAACCUGGUCUCUGACUGCUACCAGUCCUAUCAGGAGUUUGCGGUGCACAUAAAGAGGACAGAAAACGAUGGUAACCCUACAAUUAGUUACUUGGCGAUCACCAUCAAUGAAGUCUUGUUCCACCUCAGUAAGAGCUGGAUAUCUGUCAACUAUGAGCAAGUUCAUCUACCUUAUUACAAGGGAGGGGUUCAAGUGGAAAAUAACGCUGCUUACAUCAAACUUCAGGCCAAAGUGGGGAUCACUGUCAUGUGGAAUGGAGAUGAUGCAGUGAUGGUGGAAAUUGAUGGCGACUUUGCAAACAAAACUUGCGGUCUUUGUGGAGAUUUCAAUGGUGUUCCAGUUUACAACGAGUUCAUCCAUAGCGGCCGAAAAAUCAGCCCCAUCGAAUUUGGCAAUAAACACAAAGCCCACCUCCCCAACGAUGACUGUGACGACCCCUAUGAGGAGGAGGAUGAGCUGCUGGAGGCUGUGGCUCUCCCAGAUUCCUGCAAAGAAGUUCAAACAAUCUGUGAACAAAUGUUUCUGUCAGACUCGUGGAGUUCAUGCGCUAAACUCAUUAACCCCGAAGUUUACAUCCAGGCAUGUGUGAAGGACAUGUGUGGCUGUAGUAACAGUACCAAUGACUACUGCAUCUGCAGCACACUGUCGGAGUUUUCUCGCCAGUGUUCCCAUGCAGGAGGACAGCCCCCCAACUGGAGGACACCUCAGUUCUGUGAGAAACAGUGUCCUUACAACAUGGUAUAUGAAGAAAGUGGUUCCCCCUGCAUGGAUACCUGCACGCAUCAAGAUGUUAGUUCAUUCUGUGAAGACCACAAAAUGGACGGCUGCUUCUGUCCUUCCGGAACUGUGUUUGAUGAUAUUUCUGAGAGAGGCUGUGUUCCUCAGGCUGAAUGUCAGUGCAAACAUGACAAAAUCUACAACCCUGGAGAGAUUUACCAACAAGAUCGAGAGGAAUGCACAUGCUUUGAGGGCCUGUGGAAUUGUAUCAGCAUUGAAAAACCUGCCACCUGUGCAGUUGAAGGAGGUUCUCAUUUUACAACUUUUGAUGGGAAAACCUACAUUUUUCACGGAGACUGUUUCUACACUCUGGCAAAGGAUGAAGUGAGCCCAAAGUUUACACUCCUGGCCCAGUUGGUUCCCUGCACUCACCAACAGUUUGACACAUGCCUGAAGGCCCUGAAAAUCCUGCUAAACAAUGACAAAAACAACGUCCUAACAUUCAACUCUGAUGGCACAGUUAUGCAGAACCAGCAGACUGUCACUUUACCGUACAACUCAGGAGACAUCAGCAUUUUCCAGGCCUCCUCCUUCCACAUCUUGCUACAGACAAGAUUUGGGUUGCAGAUUCAGAUCCAGCAUGUCCCUCUCAUGCAAGUCUACAUUAGCCUGGAGCAAAGCUAUAGAUCAAAGACACGUGGUUUGUGUGGGAACUUCAACAUGAUUUUAAGUGAUGAAAUGAAGACCCCCCAGGGGAUCGUGGAGGGAACGGCAGCAAGCUUCAGUAACUCCUGGAAGGCAAACCUUAUGUGUUCAGACAGACAGGAGAGACUUGAUGACCCGUGUUCCCUCAGUUUGGAAAAUGAGUUCUAUGCUAAGCACUGGUGCUCCUUAUUCCUGAGCCCAAACAGUACAUUCGCUCCAUGCCGAUCGAUGGUGGAUCCUGAAAUGUUUUAUAAGCGAUGCAUUUAUUCCACCUGUAGUUGCGAGAAAAGUGAGGCCUGUUUGUGUGCGGUCUUCUCCUCUUACGCCCGAGCUUGUGCAGAAAAGGGAGUCUUUGUAACAAACUGGAAAGAGAGUGUUUGUGAUACGUACACAAAAAGCUGCCCAGCUUCUCAGACCUUCUCUUACACAAACAAGAGGUGCCAGCUGACAUGCAGAUCUUUGAGCUCAGAUCAGCAGAGCUGCACCUCCGACUUCUUGCCUGUCGAUGGCUGCGCCUGUGCUGAGGGGCUCUUCAUGGAUGAAAACGGUAUUUGCAUCCCAAUGGAAAAAUGUUCCUGCUACCAUAACGGCGUUUACGUUAAGCCAGGAAAAUCCAUCAACAUCAGAGAUGAUCACUGGACUCUACAGAGUGUGAGUCUGGCUGUCGGUGUCCAGAUGGUCUCCUGGAGGACGGAAAAGGCUCCUCGCACAGAAAUCAAACUAACAAAGGGGAAAUACGAAGAAGAAGAUCUGGGACAGGGUCCUCUGAUUCAUCACAGAAUAAGGAGGGUCGGCCUGUACCUGGUGGUAGAAUCUGACAUCGGCUUGGCAUUGUUGUGGGAUCGCAAAACAACUGUUCGCAUUCUUCUGGAGCCUCAGCACAGUGGUGAAGUCUGUGGCCUGUGUGGAAAUUUUGAUGGAAAUGGAUUGAAUGACUACACCAUCCAGGGUCAGAUGAUGGUCAGCAACUCACUAGAGUUUGCAAACAGUUGGAAAGCAUCAAGCACUUGCCCAGAUGUGGAAGAGAAUGUGGAUUCCUGUGUAGCUGCACCCAUGAGACAUCACUGGGCAAAAAUGAUGUGUAGCAUCAUAACAGGCGAUACAUUCAAAGACUGCCAUAACAAGACUGAUCCCCGCCCAUUUUAUGAAAACUGUGUGAAAGACUCAUGUGCCUGCGACACAGGAGGAGACUGUGAGUGUUUCUGCUCAGCUGUAGCAGCCUACGCUCAGGCUUGUAACGAGGCUGGCGUUUGUGUUGCAUGGAGAACCCCUGACAUCUGUCGCUACUCCUACACCAGAAACCCCAAUGCCACCUACAACAACAAGAAUUACAGCUCCAACCAGUACACCUCCUACAACAACUUCCAAACCAUCCACAACCACCAAGUCUAUCACUACACCAACAUCUACAACAACACCGAAAUCAUCCACUACAACAAAAGUGACAGUUACACCUGA